AUGGCAGAUCAAUUCACAUACUAGAAAAAGAGAAAGGAGUUCGGACGUCACGCCCAGUUCGAGGACACCGAGACUAAGAUCGUCGGUAGUGUCAACCCAAACUACACCCAAAAAGAACUUUAUAUGCUGAGAGAUCCAAACAAGCUCGUGUUGGACAACAUUCCACAAUUCUCAGAGCACAGAGUGAACACUGAGAGAGUUGCUACAAACAACAGAGGAAUGAAGCACGUCGUCGGAGGUUGGCCCAAGGACUACGACUACACCGAAACAGGUGAUGUUCAGAAGUAUCAGAAGAAGCUCAACAGAGACCCCGCUCUAGGUUUCGGACAAGCCACAAAGGACUUAGUCGCAGGAGCCCAAAAAUGCAUCAGAUAAAACAACGAGAUUGAUUUGUUUGAGGAGUAUUUUAGCGGCGAACAACCAGAGCACCUUUCAGAGACUAUCUCUACUAAGACUGUCAUGAUUUUCAAAGAUCCCAAUCAAAUCAAGAGAGCAGUCACUAAAAUCGCAUGGCAUCCUGAGUCAACAACUGACUUGAGAGUCGGAGUUGCCUAUGCCAUGUUGAGAUUCUAAUAAAUGCCACCAAAGAUGCCACUUAACUCCUACAUCUGGAAUUUAAAUAAUCCAAAUUUCCCCGAGAAGACCCUUCAACCCCAGUCUGCUCUCUGCACCAUGGUGUUCAACCAUAAAAACAGUGAGGUCAUUGUUGGAGGUUCCUACAAUGGAUCUCUGGCAUUUUUCGAUCAAAGAAAGGGAAGUUCAGGUGGUGUUAUUAAGCCAGCUGAGACAACUCUCCUAGAAAAGUCUCAUCACGACCCAGUCUAUGAUAUCUAUUGGCUCACUGUUGGUAAAACAGGUACUGAGUGCGUCUCAACCUCUACUGACGGUAGAAUCCUCUGGUGGGAUAUGAAAAAACUCGGAGACGGCCCAGUCGAUGAACUUGUGCUAUCAGAAGUUUUCCAAGUCAACGACUAGCCAGUUACUAAAAUUCUCGGUGGUACUAGUUUGGAAUAUAACUAGGACGCCGGUCCUCUUAAGUAUCUAAUUGGUACUGAGCAAGGGUAUAUCCUUCAAGCCAACAAGAGAAAGGCAGUUGAAAUCUAAACUCGUUUUGGUAUGGAAUCUGGAAAGCAUCAUGGUCCAGUCUAUGCCCUUCAAAGAAAUCCAGCUCACACUAAGUUCUUCAUGUCAGUUGGUGAUUGGACUGCUAAGAUCUGGUCUGAGGAGCUUAAAACUCCAAUCAUGUAGACUAGAUAUCACUCAUCCUAUCUAACUAAUGGUUGCUGGUCACCCACUAGAUGUGGUCUAUUCUUCUUGACUAGAAUGGACGGUUUCUUGGACGUGUGGGAUUUCUUCUACAGACAAAAUGAAGUAGCCUACUCACAGAAAAUUUCAGACUCACCCUUGACUUCAAUUUCAGUUAUGUAGUCAAUGGCUGCUAUCGGAGAUGCUGAAGGUACCGUCUCAAUGAUGAGUUUGUGCAGAUCUCUCUACGAUUAGACUCUCCAGCCUAAGGAGAAGGAAGGCAUGGCAGCUAUUUUCGAUAGAGAAUUCAAGAGAGAGAAGAAUCUUGAGCAAGCCAAGAGACAGGCUGAGAUGAAAAAGCCAACCAAGAAGGACAACAGUAUCAAUGACAAGAAGGCUGAGAAAAUGAACCAAAUCAUUUAUGAUCUCGAAGAGAAGUUCUUCAGUGAGGUCUCCAAGGAUGAUGAUCUUCAAUAAAUCAAGCAAAGAGGAGCUCACUACGAGGAUCACUCACACCCAGUUGUGCAACAACCAAAGCCAAAGGAAGAGCAAAAGGCUCCACCCAAGCAGGAAGCUCCAAAGCAGGAGGCUCCUAAACAAGAAGCUCCUAAGCAAGAACCACCCAAGCAGGAAGCACCAAAGUAAGAAGCACCAAAGCAAGAGCCACCCAAACAAGAAGAAUAGAAGCAAACUCCACCUUAAACUCCACCAAAGAAGCAGGAGAUCACUCUCGCAAUCGGACCUCAUGUUUUCAAGGGUACCUUCACCAAGGAAGGAGAAGACAUUCCAAUCACCCUUCAUUUUAACGUUGAAGAAGGUGGUAUUCUUACUAAUACUGAGGAGCAACAAUCCGAGCAGGGCUAUAUUAUCAACGGAUUUGUUCAAGACAACGGUGUCUCAUUCAAGAGACAGUUAGCCAACGGAAAAGAAGUAGAGUUCAACGGUAAUUUUGAAAGCCAGCUAGUCAUCAGCGGUUACUACAAAGGUACAGACGAGGAGUUCGACGCUGAAGGAGAUUUCAGAUUCGAAGUCGCUCUCUGA